ACUGUACAAAAAAGGCAAUAUGUGAAUGUAUCUGCAAAUAUAAAAUAUAAAGAGCAGUGAUCUCAGUAAUCUGAGAUGGUGCUAAUCCGUAUAAAGAUUCAUCAGGUACUUCGCAUACUCGAAAUUUGUGGUACGUUCAUAAGCACGUGGCCACCAAAAUCUACAGCCGGAAAACGAGAAAUCUUUCUUCGAGAUCUUGGUUGGACUUUGGCAAUUUUGAAUGUGCUGGGCUCAUUGCCACCGCUGAUUCUUGGCGCAUGGUAUUCUGAAAACGAUAUUAUUCGAAUGAUGAAGGCACUGUCUGAAUUGACAGCAUUGAUGGAAGUACUAUUAAAUUUAAUAUUGUGUAGAAUAGGAAGAUUACGAUUACAGAAGCUUUUAGCACACCUGAGAAAUUUUCUCAAACAUUCCAAGUUGCAUGAAAGGCAUAUUAUACAAAAAUAUAUAAAUCGUUACUCGGGCUUUUAUGCCUUUGUUGGAAUAUCCUAUAUUCUGGCAGCAAUCACUUUUUCCUGCGGCCCUUUGUUCUUAUCGAUAAACCUUCCAAUGGAAGCUUGGUAUCCGUUUUCUACUGAAACUCCCUACACUAGAACGAUUCUUUACAUUUUGCAAGUCUUCGCCAUCUUGCAAACUGGAUUCUGUAUCACGGUGGAUUUCAUGAUUGCAAUAUUCUUCUGCUAUUCCGCUGCGAGAUUGGAAAUGCUCGGACAGGAAUUGCAGCAAAUAACGCAUGAAAGUCAUGUGAAAACGUGUAUCCAAAAACACCAAGAAAUAAUCAAUUUUGUAGAAGAAGUUCAAUAUACGGUUCGAUAUUUAAUUUGCAAAUCAAAUAUUACAAUGGGCUUUACCAUAAUUUGCGGAGCUUUUCCGUUAGUUCAUAAACAACCUGUGGCUGUAACAGCACAAUUUAUUUGCAUGGUAUUGGGGGGAUGUGAAAGACUUUAUAUUACGGCUUGGCCGGCAGAUGAUUUAGCAGAAAUUAGUCAACAAAUUGCUUGGUCUGCAUAUAGUAUACCUUGGUUUGAAAAAUCUCAUGAAACAAUCACUAAUAUAUUUAUCUUUAUACAAAGAAGCAAAAAACCACUUUUAAUAUCUAUGGGCGGUAUGUUUCCAGUGUUGUCAGUACAAUAUUAUGCUCAUUUUCUAAAAACGAUUUCAUCUUAUUUUAUGACAAUAUUUAUUUCAAAAACACAAGAAACUCUUCAACAUGUACUUUUCAAAGCUAAUUUUACGAUGGCAUUUGCUGUAAUCAGUGGUGGUUUUCCUAUAUUAUAUAGUACGCAACUUCCUUGGUCGGUAUAUGGUGCAUCAUGGAUUGGUAAAACGCAAAAAAUGAAAAAUGACAUUUUCAUCAUGCUUCAAAAAAGCCAGCAACCGUGUUUGAUAUCUUUAGGUAGCUUAUUACCAAAUCUUACUCUGAAAUAUUAUCUAUUAAAACAAAAUUGGUAUCAGAAUAUGGUACUCAUUCAUCUAAAGUUUCAACAGAUAUUUCACCUUCUCCGAGUGUUCGGGACCAUUACCAAUACGUGGCCACCGCAUCCAAAUAUUGGAAAAAACAAGUUGCUUCUUCGUAAUUUUUAUUACUGCAUUAGUAUCUUUAUAUUCGCAACAGUGUGGAUAGCAAUGUUAAUGAAUGCAUACAAAACUCGAAACAACGAUGUCGGCGAGUUAAUGAAGAAUAUAUCUCAUAUGACAUCAAUAAUGGAAGCUAUUCUCAAUUCAAUUUUGUGUACAGUUAAGAGAAAACAACUACAGAAUCUGGUGAUACACAUCAAGGAAUUUACGGAAAUUUUGAAGGAUUGCGACAAAAUUAUCUUGCAAAAAUACAUAAAUCGUUAUAUUGCAUUUAUAUCGACUGUCGCAAUAUCCUUCAGUAUGGCAGGGAUUACUGUCAUAUGUGCCCCUUUAUUUAUGCCUUUGGAAUUUCCUUUGGAUGUAUGGUAUCCGUUUUCGGUGAAAUCAUUGUUGCUAAAAUUUAUUCUCUACAUUAUGCAGAUAUUUACAAUUGCACACACUGUUUUCUGUCUUAAUGUAGACAUUAUGAUUGCUGUUUUCUUUUUGUAUUCAUCAGCCAGACUAGAGAUGUUGGCUUUUAAAAUAAAGCGAGCUACUGAUAAUGAUCAUGUCAUAUCAUGCAUUAAACAACAUCAAGAGAUAAUAGAAUUUAUUUCAAAAACGCAACAAACUCUUCAACAUAUACUUUUCAAAACUAAUUUCACGAUGGCGUUUACUGUAAUCAGCGGCAGUUUUCCUAUGUUAUUUCUACAAUCUGGUGUUCUGAUUCCUCAAUUUAUAUCUAUGGCUCUGGGCGCUUUACAACGAAUGUUUAUCACAGCAUGGGCAGCAGAUGAUUUGAGAGAAAUCAGUACACGACUUUCUUGGUCGAUAUAUAGUGCAUCAUGGAUUGGUAAAACACGAAAAAUGAAAAAUGACAUUUUUAUAAUGCUUCAAAAAAGUCGACGACCGUGUUUGAUAUUUAUGAAUGGUUUAUUACCCGCUCUUACUCUUGAAUAUUAUGCCAAUUUUGUCACCACAGUUUUGUCAUAUUUUAUGACCAUGAGAGUAGUUAUUGCCUCAUAA